GCCCAGACAGCCCGGCCGAGGAGCGCCCGCCAGCCUGGACGAUGGCCGGAACCGCGGCGGACGCGCCCAAGGAGGGGAAGCGGGCCAGGACCCCAGACUUCACCAGGCUGAUUGACAUGGCCUCUGAGUCCGUGGGAGGAAGGGUUUUAUUUUCAACAGAUGACUUUUUUGCUCCCGCGGAGAACCUGAUCAAGAGCGGCGGCCCGCGGCUGGAGGAGGGCGAGUACACGGAGUUCGGGCGGCGGAUGGACGGCUGGGAGACCAGGAGGAGGCGGGUCCCAGGUCACGACUGGUGCGUCAUCCAGCUGGGGAUCCCCGGGAUCAUCAGGGGCUUCGACGUGGACAUCUCUUACUUCACCGGAGACUAUGCCCCGCGGGUGUCCAUUCAAGCCGCGAACCUGGAAGCAGAUAAACAGCUGGAAAUCCCAAAGAGGGAGGCCAGGACAGGCACGGCGGCCAGCCUGGAGGAGUUUGAGGCCAUCGCCAAGCUCAAGUCGGACGGGUGGGACCACCUGGUCCCCAUGGUGGAGCUCGCCCCGGGGAGGCCCGCCGCCGGCCACAACUACUUCGCAGUCGCCGCGCAGCAGAGGUCGACCCACGUGAGGCUGAACAUCUUCCCGGACGGCGGCAUCGCCCGGCUCCGAGUGUACGGCACCGGACACAAGGACUGGAUGGCCACCGACUCCACGGAGCCUCUAGACCUGGUGGCCAUCGCUUACGGGGGAGCCUGCGUGGGGUUCAGUGAUGCCCACUUUGGGCACCCAAACAAUAUGAUCGGAGUGGGCAAGGCCAAGUCCAUGGCCGAUGGCUGGGAGACUGCGCGAAGGCCGGACAGGCCCCCGAUACUAGAGAGUGACGAGAAAGGGGUCCUCCUCUCUGAGGGCUGCGAGUGGGCAGUUUUCCGACUGGCGCACCCUGGAGUGAUAACUCAGAUUGAAAUCGACACAAAACACUUCAAAGGCAAUUCUCCGGACAGCUGUCAGCUGGACGGCUGCGUCUUGACGACUCAGGAAGAGGAAGACAUGAUCAAGCAGAACUGGGACCUCCCUGGCCACAGGUGGAAGCCGCUGCUCCCGCACACCAAGCUGUCCCCCGACGCCAGCCACGCGUUCGCCAGCCUGACGGCCGAGCUGCAGGACGUGGUCACCCACGCGCGCCUGACCACGCCCGACGGCGGCGUGGGCCGCCUGCUGCGGGGCUUCCCCAGCUCGCUGUGCCUGCGCGCCCCGCGCGCCCGGGGGGGGCUGCGCUUCUCCGUCAAGGCGGGGUUCCGGGGCAGCCUCUAG